AUGAGUACUAAUGAUGCAACUCGAUUUUUUGAUACAUCAGGUUGUUUAAAUUUAUCUCGACCAACAAGUGCUACACGAAUAGUAUCAGCUAAACAAAAUAAACGAAUUAUGACGCCUUCAAUGCCAAUACGAGGUCAAAUUAAAAUUGAUUUAUAUAAUUUUGAUCAUAUUGAUUUUGUUGAUUCAAAAUAUGUUUUAACAAGUCCACGUUCACUUGAAGCUUGUGCUCGUCUUAAUAUUAAACCUACAACAUUACUUCCAAAAAAAUUAAUUGAUAUUUCAUCUGAUCAAGUACGUUUUUCAACAUUAGUUGAUGUUCGUGAUGAAAUGGAAAUUGAUCGAUUAGCUAAAUUACAAUCUUGUCGUGAAGAACGUGAAAAAAUUAUUCGAGAACAAGCACUUACAAAACCAUCAUCAAUGAAAACACUUGAUUCUAAACCAUCCUAUGUCAAUGAUAGAUCAACAAUUCGAAGAACUUAUACAAAAACAAAAUCUAAUCCUUCCAAUACACAUCUACAUGAUUUUAAUAAUCCAUCGAGUACUAUAUCAAAUCGUUUUCAAUUAACAACUAGAGAAAAGUCUUUUCAACAUGAUACAAAUUCUCAUCGUCCACCAAGACCAACAUCAUCUACUCGUUCAACUGUAGUUAAUUCAAAUUUGAAAUCAUCUGAUGGUCUGAAUGAGUUACGAACAUCAUCUUCAGCUAGUUUCUUAGAUGAUGUUCGACGAAUGGAUCAAAGUCUUCAACGUAUCGGAACAUCAAAACCGAAUAAAAACGAAGGAUAUAUAAAUGGACUUGAAAAUGCUAAACAAAUGAUAGAACAACGUGCAACACGAACAGGAUUAAACAAUGAUCUUGAAAACUUAGCAUUGGAAAAAAAUCAAUAUGAACUUUUACUUUCACAUUAUGAUCAUGAAUUAAAAAUUCAAAAAGCAAGAGAAAAUGCACGUCGAACAGAAAAAGAAAAAGAAGCUGAACGUUUUGAAUUAUUAAUGCAUGAUUUCUUAGAUCAAACAAUGGCUGAAGAACGUCGACAAAAUGAACUUCGUCGAAAAAUGGAAAAACUUCAUCAUUCACGUCAACUUUAUGAAACAUUACAAGCAAAAAAUCAUGAAUCACAAACGGCUGAUAUACAAAAACGUCGUUUAGAAUUACUUAAUGAAAUAAAACGAAAAGAUCGUCGAACAGAACAUUUUGUUAAAGAUAAACAAGAUACUACUAAAUUAUCUCGAAUAUUAGCUAAAUCAUCACAAGAUACUCGAGAAUAUAUAAGAGAAACAAAUGAAGGUUUUGAUCAAAAAGCUAAAAAAGCUGAAUUAGCAAGUAGUAUUUUAGUUACAAAACCAAAAGUAGUUGUCGAUCGACGUCAAUUACAAUCAUCAAUUCCAACAUAA